UGUGGUUUAUACUCUCAUCCAUUACUUUUUAUGCGGCUCGUGAAUUCUCAAACUCGUCGAGCUCCAUUUCAAUUUUCUUUGUACUGCUUUGCCAUUUUGUUGAUUGCAAUUCUGGCUGGUAUCAUCUUUCCGAGCCUCCGUCUUUCCCUUUUGUUCGGGCAUUUAACGCCCCGCUUCACCACCAGGUACCUCAACACAUCAGCAAGCAUGGCUUCGCCAUACGCAAAGGAACUGCACGUUGCGCAACUUGCAGUGCAACGAGCGACUCUUCUUACGAAAAAGGUUUUCCACGACAAGGCCAAAGGCACUGCUUCCAAAGAUGACAAGUCUCCGGUGACCAUUGGUGAUUUUGGCGCACAGGCUUUGAUCGUUCAGGCCAUCAAGAAGAACUUCCCUGACGACGAGGUUGUUGGAGAAGAGGAGGCUGCUACGCUACGAGAGAAUGAUGAUCUGAGAUCGCAGAUUUGGGACCAAGUCAAGGUCGCGCGCCUUGAGGAUGAUGCCGCCGAGAAAGAGCUUGGCGGCCCCAUCCAGACGGUCGAGGACAUGCUGAGUGCUAUCGAUGCGGGAAACAGUGCCGGUGGUGCGAAGGGAAGAAUCUGGGCACUUGACCCUAUCGAUGGCACCAAGGGUUUCCUCCGUGGUGGCCAAUACGCGGUUUGUCUUGCCCUUAUGGUAGACGGUGAGGUGAAGGUAGGCGUUCUCGGAUGCCCGAACCUGCCUGUAGAUGACUCUCUGUCGCUAUCUGCCGAAGACGGCAAGGACCAAACAGAUGAUGCAGGCAAGGGUGUCAUCUUCAGCGCCGUUGCUGGCAAAGGCGCUACGGGCCGACCGUUGAGCCGGGGCGCUCUCCAGCCUGGUCAUCCCAUUUCUAUGAAGCCUGUCACGGACAUUACUCAGGCUACCUUUUGCGAGAGCGUAGAGGCUGGUCACUCCUCGCAUGACGAGCAAUCCCAGAUCGCCCAGCGCCUCGGUAUCACGAAGCCGAGUGUCCGGAUGGACUCUCAGGCAAAGUAUGGCUCAAUUGCCCGCGGAGCAGGUGAUCUCUACUUGCGUCUCCCUGUAAAGAAGGACUACCAGGAGAAGAUCUGGGACCAUGCUGCUGGCGAUCUGGUUGUUCGUGAGGCUGGUGGUCAAGUGACUGAUGCAAAUGGCUUAAGGUUAGAUUUUAGCAAAGGACGAACUUUGCGUGACAACAAGGGUGUUGUUGCCGCGCCCAAAGCGAUUCACGGCCAGGUCUUGGACGCCGUUAUGGCUGUACUGGGAGCCAAAUAGAUAUGUUUGAUCUAAAUUUAGCCGCUCUACAAUCCCAGAGCAGAAAAAUAAAAGUAAAUUACACACAGGAGACUA